AUGUCCGCGAGCGAUAAAGCUCGCUAUUACCUGGAGCAGCUUGUCCCUGAGCUCCGUGAAUUCAAGAAGAAGAAGAUCUUUACUGAGGAAGAAAUAAGUUCUAUAACGAAGAAGAGAUCCGACUUUGAACACAGGAUAAAUGCUCGCGGCCCGUCACCGGCAGACUAUGCCCGGUAUGCAGAGUACGAGAUGAACCUGGAUGCCCUGCGUAAGAAGAGGAUCAAGCGACUAGGUGUCAAGGCGCCGACGCACACUGGACAGCGACGAGUCUUCUUUAUCCUCGAUCGGGCGACAAGGAAGUUCCAUGGUGACGUGAGCCUAUGGCAGCAAUAUAUCGACUAUGCUCGCAAGCAAAAGGCGUAUAAGAAAUUGGCCCAAAUAUUCACAAAUGCACUACGGCUGCACCCGCGAGAGGUGGAUCUAUGGAUCUACGCUGCUCAGCAUUCGCUGCAAGACCAUGGGGAUAUGAUGCAAGCGAGAGGGUAUAUGCAGAGAGGAUUACGGUUCUGUCAGUCUUCUCGACAGCUGUGGCUUCAGUAUGCGAAACUGGAGAUGAUCUAUAUAGCGAAGAUAGGUGCACGGCAGCGGAUACUGGGACUAGAUAAGGUAGAGGAGAGAGAUGGUAUUGAUGAACAAAAUGACGAUGAGGGUGCAGAUGUGAUGAUACUACCGCGGUUGACGGGGGAGGAUAUCAACCCUACACUUGAAGGAGACGAGCCGGACCAGAAGUCACUAGAGACACUCAAUGCUACUCCAGCGCUGUCAGGAGCCAUCCCUAUCGCCGUUUUUGACGCGGCCAUGAACCAGUUUAACAACGACGCCGGGUUUGCGUAUGACUUUUACCACAUGCUGCUUGAGUUCGAAGAGUGUGCCUGUCUGCGACGAGUGCUCGGCCACGUCGCUGACUCGCUCAUAACAGCCCAUCCGGCCAACGCCAAAGCUCAGGAGUGCCAUAUCAGGUACCCGGUGGGAGGCAUAAAUCCCUGUUCUCCCGAGUUUCCACGAGCAUUCUCACUCGCUCUCGGACGGUUGAAGAAGCACAUGAAAGAUGACAACCCCGUCCUGGCCCUGCUUGCACCACACAUCACCACCUGGCUUCAGCGUCUUCUCGAAACCGAGAACCUCGACCCAGCGCUGCGGAAGGUGAUACAGGUGACGCUAAAGAGCGCAAGUCGGCAGAUGGAGAGUUGCAGGGUAUCAUAG